AUCAUGACACCCAUGGUGCAUCUGCUGUUGCUCCCACUCCUGCUCAGCAUUGCUGGUGGGAAGGAUCUGGAGGAAAAGAAGGGCCCGUUUGAGAACACGGUGCUGGAUAUUCCAGAAGGGACACCAGUGCCAUAUCCCAUGCAUCAGUUUCAGGUGACCCAUCCAGGUGUGAAUAAUUUCAGGCUGAGUGGAGAAGGUAAAGAAGACAUUCAGAUUUCAAAGGAUGGGUGGCUCUACCUGGAGAAGCCUCUGGAUUGGUCUCGAGAUGACCAUUACAUGAUCAAGGUGGAGGCACUGGCAGAUGAUGAAGUAGUGGAAGGUCCAGUCUAUGUGACCAUAAAUGUGUUGGAUGUCAACAACAACGCUCCAUACUUCAACCAGAGUGACUACACAGCUGCGGUCAGAGAAAAAAGUGCAGCAGGUGUCCCAUUUACCCGUGUGUUUGCAUCGGAUCGGGACGACCCUGAGACUCCUAACGCUCAUCUGAGAUACAGCCUGGUCAGCCAGAUCCCCAACAAAGAACACACAUUCCUGUUCCAGAUCAACCCCAACACUGGAGAGAUCUCCACAACAAAAGAAGGGGAAGAGAUGCUAAAGGCCAGAGACGGCAUCCAGUAUGGGAGGGGAGAAGAUCAGAGCAUUGAUGCUCUGAAGAUAAAGUUUAAUGACUACUGUCCAGUGCAGACGAUCUCCCAUGAAGAAAACCCCUUCUUCACCUGUGUGGAGAAAGCAGAGAAGAGGAGGAGGAAUGUGAACCCGCUGGAGGACCCAGACUACACCCUGUUUGUGCGUGUGCAGGACCUGGGAGGAGUGUCGGAGAAUGCUUUGAGUGGAAACGCCAGAGUUCUCAUUGCUGUGCAGCAAAACCUGUGGGUCAAUCCUGGACCCAUAACUAUUAAAGAGCACUUACAGGAAGCGUAUCCUCUGGUCAUUGCAAAGGUCCGGUCUAAUGAGCCUAAUGCCAUCUACAGUUUAGUUCAGAAAGAGAGGGAGCUGAAAUUCCCCUUCCAGAUAACAGAAAAUGGAGAAAUACUCCUGACAGAGCCCCUGGACAGAGAAGAAAAGGGCAUGUACAUCCUGGUGGUGUUUGCAAAGGACAACACUGACAAAGAAGUGGAUCCGCCCAUGGAGAUUCAAGUCUUGGUGGAGGAUGUGAAUGACAACGCACCAGUGUGUGAAAAUGAGGAGAGUGUAUUUGAGUUGCAGGAGAAUGAACCUGUAGGCAGCCUGGUAGGACUCCUGUUGGCCCAUGACGACGAUGAAGCCGGGACACUGAAUGCUCAGCUGACUUACACCAUCUUGUCCCAACAUCCACCCACCACAAAUGAUGUCUUCUCUAUCGAUGCCGCUUCUGGAAGAAUUCAGGCAUUGCGCUCGCUGCAGCGAAAAGAACAGCAGGUCUAUCACCUCGACGUCAGAGUCAAUGACCCAGCUCUCAGCACAAAUUGUAAAGUCGUCAUCAAGGUCAUUGACGUCAACAACGAGACGCCUCUGUUUGAGGAGAAUGAUUAUGGCAGCCACACCCUAGCAGAGGACACCUCUGUUGGACACACAGUGGCCACCAUCAGAGCAACAGAUGCUGAUGACCCAGACAGCGGAAGCUCCCUUAUCAAUUUCCACAUCUCUGCUGGCAACGAAGAUGGCGUUUUUGCUGUGGAAACAGACGGGAAAGGCGUCGGCCAUGUCGUCAUAGUUAAGCCCUUGGACUUCGAGUCCUCUUCCACCUACAGGCUCCAGAUUGAUGCUCGUAACCCAGAGCCGCUGAUGAAAGGCCUGGAGUACGGCAGCGAAUCCACAGCCUUCGUCUCUGUGACGGUCACUGACGUUGACGAGGCCCCGGAGUUUAGCCUGGACAUCCUGGAUGUGACUGUGCCUGAAAACACCACCAAGGGAUCAGUGCUGCUCACUGUGGAGGCAAAGGACCCAGAGGGCAAAGAGAUCGGUUUUAAGUUGGACGGUGACACCCGUGGCUGGCUGGAGAUCGAUUCUGCCACAGGACAGAUCAGGACCAAAGACAAGCUGGACAGAGAGACCCUGGAGACUUUUGAAGUCACUGUCACUGCAUUUGAGAAGGAGAAUCCUGAGAAGUCCACUGAGCGUGUCUUGUCUGUGAGACUGCUGGAUGUGAACGAUAACGUCCCCAAACUGAUAGAGAACCAGGCCUUCAUCUGCGUAAAGAAGCCUGAACCUGUCAUCAUCAAGGCCCAAGAUGGAGACAGCGCUCCCUUCUCCCAGCCCUUCACCUUCGCCUUGGCCCAUGGCAAGAAGUCACCCAACUGGGAACUGAGCAGUGUUGACGGCACAACAGCUAAACUGACCCUGAGGAAAGUACCAAUUGAAGAUAAAACUUUCACACUUCCCAUCAACAUUAAAGACAAUGCAGGCAUGGGAAUCACACAGCCAUUUGAAGUGAGAGUAUGUAACUGCACAGAGCUGGGCUACUGCUACAUCGCACCAGAAGACCGUGCCUUCAGGUAUGGAAUGGGAACCACCAUCGGGAUCCUGGCUGGCACUCUGGGAUUCUGCAUUAUUAUUUUCAUCAUAGUGAUCAAACGCGUAAAUAAACAGGGCAAGAAGAAUAAAGCCCACACUGAAGAGGAAGAGAGGAACACCAUGAUGAUGUAG